GUUCCAGGAACUAGGGAGAAAGGCUUGCAGCCAGUAGCAUGCCCUAGGAGCAUCGCCAACUGCACAUGCUUUUCAGGAGGAAUUUUAGGAGCUUGAGCGACUUGAGGAAAUCUAGGAAUAGGUCUAUCUGGAGUCGGAUUAUACGACUCUUCAUUGAGGCAACUUCACUAAACUUUCGAGCGCCAGGGAUUGUUUCUUGACGAACAGUCCUCGGCAGGAAUACCAGCUUCAGUUCGUGGUGUCUAGCUGAAGCGAGGUGUUUCCCUUUUCCGAGAGUGAGCAGAAGUGCAAGCGAAGGAAAUAGGGUGACUCUUUGAGUCGACUCAGGAGUUAAAGUGAAAGACACAGACCUUACACGGUGUCAUUUCUUUGCGGCUUUCCAUCCGCAGCUAAUUUAGAGAGUCAAUACGAUAGGAACUGGUGGAACGCGUAUUUUCAAUUUCCAGCGCUCAUCCCAUUUGUCGAUAUUACGUCCUGUAGAUAGCCGAUAUUUUCUAUUAUAAUCGCUCAACCUGCAGCGGCGUCCCAGCUCAGUCUCACACCGGUUGGUUCGUUUAGAUACCUUCACGUACUUGUGCAACAUCAGAGCGUAUCUCUUCCAAGGGCGUCAGAAUGGCGGCUGCGAUGAUGAAUCUCGCAGCAGAAAUGGCGGUCAGACCUCCCGUACCAGGCGGUGCCGUGGUGGCUGCCAGUCGCUCAGGCUCCUCCGGUCGAGUAGCCACGCCAGUCUUACCCCCCCUUAAGCCUCAGAAACCACUGUCGCAUGGACAAGCAUCCGUUCAACAAAGUCCGGAACGCGUGCAGCUAACUUCGAUGCCAGAGCAGCAGGAGCCUGAGCUGGGAGACAUGGCGAGAUGGCGUUCCGUGUUCAGCGCGCUUCUGCACGCCAACGGGUUGGCAGAGGAGCCGGUGGAGAUCCCUAGUGCUGGUCACGCGGGGAUUCCUGGGCACUCUGAGAUUCUUAGUUCCGGUCAUGCGGGAGACUCCAGCUUCCAAACCACGCACUAUCUAAGGGAGGGCAGCCUGCUUCCCCUGGUUGCCAUGACCGGAGAGAAGGCAAGGGUGGAUAUGGAGCAAGUCAAUGGCGGAAAGUUCCCACACCAGCAUGUACUGGGAGUUGCCACCUCGGACCCGCCUGGCAGCACCACUCAGCUCCAGACGAAUCUAGAGCCGAAGAAGGAGGGCGAGUUGCGGGACGACUACUACGUGAAUGUGGGGUACGCCAUCAGAACGCUCCGUGAGGAGCUCCCCACUCUCUUCUACCGCGAUAUGACAUACGACAUCUAUAGGGAGGACAUCACCUUCCAGGACCCCAUGAACUCGUUCAAGGGCGUCGACAACUACCGCCUCAUCUUCAAAGCGCUGCGCUUCCACGGCAAGAUCUUCUUCAAGGCACUGUGGGUGGACGUGCUGCGCGUGUGGCAGCCCAACGACCGCACCAUCCAGAUCCGCUGGUCCGUCCGCGGAAUCCCCAGGCUCCCCUGGGAGGCGCACGGCAGGUUCGACGGCACGUCAGAGUACAAACUCGACAGCUCAGGGAAGAUCUACUCGCACAAGGUGGACAAUAUCGUCAUGAGCGACCCGCCCAAGUAUCAGCCACUGACGGUUAUGGAGCUGCUGCGGCUGUCAGGGGCACAGACCACCCCCACCAUCUCUUGCUCCUGCAGAGUCUCCCCGUUAGUGUCUCAGUCCGUUUCUCCAUUGGUGUCGCCAUUGGAAGGGCCUGGCGGCCCGGAUUUGCCGUCAUUGCAGCGGUUGUUUGCGGAAGGGGCGGUGGUUCUGGCCAUGGUUAGCAGGUUCACGUGGAUCCGGUUUUACUGCGCGCUCAGCGGGACGCUUGCGCUGCAGAAGAAGCGUGGGGAAGGUGAGGGCGAGGAGGAGUUGGCUGCUUCGUCGGGGUAGGGUAUGGCUUCUGGGUGGUGGGGGGAAUGAUGGUUGAAUGGGGUGCUCUAAACGCGUUGGGGUUGGUUUUGGUGGUACUACUUUUGGGGGGAGGUGCAAGGGUGAAUGUGAUGGGUUUGCAUGAAUGGUGCUCUGGGAGCUGUUUGAAUGUUUUUUCUGUACAGGGAGCUUCUUUAGUGUAGCUCCUCGUAGGGGGGUGAAAGCUGGGAACAGGUAUUGUUGACAUACCAGUAUUGUGAAUAUUGCUAAAUGCUGUUCUAGAUUAUUGUUGCAAGGUCCUCUUGAUAAUCGCGUAGUGGCAAACUUUCUCCUUG